AUGCGACAAGUUGAUCCAAGCGUAAAACAAGCAGCAACAGUUGAUAAUGUUACUGAUCCGAAUGAAGAUUUCAAUCCAUUCGCGCAAAACGCUAGACACAACCUGCAAUCUGCACCUGUUUCUGGGUCAUCCGCAUUUGGUGGUAAUACAAUGAGCAAUGAUGAAUUAUUUCGGCGUCAAGAAGAAUUAGAAAAGAAGGCACAGGAACUGAAAAGAAGAGAACAAGAAUUAGAACGACAACAACGAGCUGCUGCUGGAGGAGGUGGUACUCUUCCACGUCCUCAUAAUUGGCCACCUCUACCAUCUUUCAUUCCUGUUGAACCUUGCUUUUAUCAGGAUAUUGAUGUGGAAAUUCCAGUACAAUUCCAAAGCACUGUUCGCUUUGUUUAUUAUGUGUUCUUAACAUAUGUUUUAGCCUUAUGCAUCAAUUUAAUCGCAUCAUUACUUUAUAUGCUAUUUGCCCAAGGGCCUAUUGGGAUUUUUUUCAUCGCAGUCGUUCAGUUAAUACUUUUCACUCCAUGUUCAUUUUUAUUUUGGUUUCGCCCAGUUUAUAAGGCAUUCAGGAAUGACAGCUCCUUUAACUUCAUGGUUUUCUUCUUUGUUCUAUUUAUACAUACUAUUUUUGUACUUAUACAAGCACUUGGGUUAUCGUCGUAUGGCUGUGGAUGGGCACUUGCUGUCGAAACGUUCAGUACGAAUAUUUUUAUUGCACUUCUCAUGGUUAUUUCGGCAGUUGCACUUAGUGCUGCAUUUGCUGGUAUGGUGUUAGCCCUGAUAAAGGUUCAUAGAUUAUAUCGUGGUGCUGGAUUUAGCAUCGAUAAAGCACGGAAAGAAUUUUCAGAUGGCGUUAUGGCUGAUCGACAUGUGCAGCAGGCUGCAUCUGGUGCUGCACGUGCUGCAGCAACGCAUGUUGCUAAUCAAGCGAUGAGCCAAGCCACUCAAGGAAGAUAUUGA